AUGGCGAGCCGCGACGGCAACCGCACCACCGAAGGCCUGCUCGGCUCCGACGGGGACGAGGAGGCGGCCCGGGAGCUGGACACCGAGGAGGAGGAGUCGUCGGAGGGCGAGGAGGAGGACACGGCCGAGUCGGAGGAGGAGCCCGAAGCCAGGUUAUCAGACCAGGAUGAAGAGGGCAAGACCAAGCAGGAGUGUAUCAUCUCUGACCCCUCCUUUUCCAUGGUGGCAGUUCAGCGGGAAGACAGUGGGAUCACCUGGGAGACCAACUCAAGUAGAUCUUCUACGCCUUGGGCCUCGGAAGAAAGUCAGACUUCCGGUGUGUGUAGUCUGGAAGGGUCAACUUUGAAUUCUCCUCCAGGAAAUGUUUCCUUCAUUGUGGAUGAAGUUAAGAAGGCUCGGAAGAGAAAUCAUAAGUCAAAGCAUGGCUCACCGUCAUUGCGCAGGAAAGGCAGUAAAAAACGAAAUUCUUUGGAAUCCCAAGAUCUUCCAGCACACAAAAAUGACAGUCCUUUAAUUUCAGAGAGCCAAGCACUAACCACAGAGAAAGAGAAGUCAUCUGCUGGCAUUUAUGAUAAAACAAGAAAAAAGAAGACCACCUCAAAUACUCCUCCUAUUACUGGAGCAAUAUACAAAGAACACAAGCCAUUAGUGUUAAGGCCUGUCUACAUUGGAACAGUGCAAUAUAAAAUCAAGAUGUUUAACUCAGUAAAAGAAGAACUAAUUCCUCUACAAUUUUAUGGAACAUUGCCAAAGGGUUAUGUAAUUAAAGAGAUACAUUAUAGGAAGGGAAAAGAUGCAUCCAUUAGUCUAGAGCCAGAUUUGGACAAUCGUGAUUCUAAUGUAGUUUUGAAAAGAGGCAAAUCAGUAGCCCAAAGCAUAGAAGAUGACAAAGGGAAAGAGCUUGCUCCACCCUGGAGAGGUGCCCUCUCCAAGGGAUCCAAGUCCUUUACCUCAUUAUUCAGCCAUGAGGAGCAGAAGAAAUCUUACGUUGAUUCACCACUAAACGCCACACCACAUACCAAGUAUACAGAUUCCUCUUAUGCAAGGAAUAACACUGCAGAGCAAGGUCAACUCAGACCUCAACAGUCAGUGCCACAACAGUCAGAGGAUGAGGUGGAAACUCAUGAAACAGAGCCCACCUCUCUUCCAUCUGCCACUGCAUUCCUGGAAACAGCAAAGGAAGAAUUGAAACCAGAUUCACAAGAUUUUGAAUCUUCAGAGAUUGACUCUUCGAGCUCUCUAGCUUUCACUGAUGAAGGAAAGAAGAGAGAUACGCUUUCCGCUGACCAUUCUGUGGCACUGGGCGCAGAGGAGGAUUCUCUGGGGACACCAGGCCUGGUAACAUCUACUGAGGAAGUGUUUGCACCAGGGGAGGAGGAACUAAUCUCAUCAGAUAGAGCAGAACCAGCCUCUGAACACUGGACUCCUCCUCACCCCAGUGCCCAGGGAGAGAAGAAAGAACACAUGCCUGAGCCAUUCAUCUCUCUAACAUUGCAAGAACCGGGGAAAGAUGAAGUAGGAGAGUCUCUACCAACAGCUGCUACUACUGAACUUGAAGACUCUGACUUAGCAGAAGAAAUCAUAGAACUUGAUUACCCAGAAAGUCCAUUAGUUUCAGAGAAGCCAUUCCCAUCACGUGUGUCUCCUGAAGUGGAGCACAAAGGAGAGAAGCCACCUCUACCUUUAGAGACAACACCUGUGCCUGACCACGUCACUUGGUCUGAGGAAGAAAGAGAGGAAAACGAGUCUAUUUCCACCGAUUCUGCUUUUGCCUCAGAAUAUUCAGUCCCACAAGAUUUGAACCAUGAACAAGAGAAGCAAGACGUUGAGGUGGUUCCUCCAUCCACUGCAGAAGAAGUUUUGUUGGAGGAAGAGCGUGAGGAGUUGGAGCCUUAUUCUCCAUCUUUGGCCUCUGUGUCUGAGCGCUCUCUGUCACCAUCAACAACUGAGAAAAUCCCUGAGUGCCAGUCCCCAUUGUUUUCAGCAGUUACAUCAGAGAUACUAUCAGGAGAUGAGGCCUUAGAAAGUGGGCCUUACACACCAGACUCCACAUCUGCUUCUGAGUAUUUACUUCCAUCCCAUGCAACACCAGACUCACUGAAGAAAACAAUUGGUUCCAAGUCCCUGUUAAAACCACAGGGUUCUUCUGAGCCCAUCGUUCUAUCAGGAGAAGAGAAGGAAGACACUUCUCCAUAUUCUCCCACUGUGACCUCUAUUUCUGAACCUUAUCUCUCACCACCCACAACGGAGACAACUUCUGCAAGUCAGUCACCACUGCCUGCUGCUCCUAUGUCAGAUCACACAGCCCUGUCAGAUGAACAUUUCAUACCAGAUUCAAAACUGACUUCCAAACCUACAGUUCCACCAAAAGCAACACAGGAAUCCCAAAGGAAGAUAAUGGAUGAUGUGCCCCAGCUCAAACAAAAAGGCAUUUCUAAGCACAGAGCUUUGUCUGAAGAACAAAACGAAACCCUUGGACCAUAUUCCCCAGAUAUAGCUUCAGCCCCUGAAUGCACUUUCUUACCACACUCCCCUGAGAUGGCUUCUGAAUGCCAGGCCUCACCACCCUCAGCCAGUCCCACUGAAGAUGUAGCCUUGUCAGGAGAAACAAUAGAGGCAGAGCGGUUUUCACCUUCUUCCACAUCCACUUCUGAUUUCUCAGCACCACCAUAUGCAACACCAGAGCCCCAGGAGGAAGAAAUUACCCAGAGAUCCCCUCUACAUCUAAAAAGUGCCUCUUCGCCUACAAAUCUAUCAGAACAGCGACAAGAAGACAUUGGCCCUUUUUCUCCUGAUUCUGCAUUUGCAUCAGAAUUCUCAUUUUCACCUUAUGCAACACAGGAAACAGGGAAAAGGGAACUUGAGUGUGAUUCACCAGUGUGUUUAACAUCACCAUCUGAACAAACUAUUUUGUCAGAUGAAGACACUGAAGAAAUGGAACUGUUUUCUCCAGACUCAGCAUCCCAAGUUUCAAUUCCACCCUAUAGAAUUCCAGACAUGGAGAAAAAUGAAAUUGAGCCAGAUUCCCUACUAACUGCAAGAUCAGCUUCAGGAUAUUCCUACUUUUCAGAAGCAGAGGAGGGAGAGAUGGGAUCAAUAGCUGCAACCCCAGUGCCUGAGCAAAUAUCUGAGCCUUUCUCUGUCAUGUCUGAGCCUGAAGACUCAAGCCUGCUGCCUGCAGUAAAUAAAGCUGACCAAGAAGAAGUCAAGUCAGAUGCUCAAACAAUCUCCACAUCUGUAUCUGAAUAUCUCAUUUUGUCACAUCAGCAGAAAACUCAGGCAUCUGAACCUGAAGACAGGGUUCUGCCAUCUUUGACCAGUAGAUUGGAGAAGGGAGAAAUUAAGGUCAGUUCAUCAGCAGCCACGGCACCUGCCCUAUCACCCGAACAGUCAUCCAUGGCAAAGGGAGAAACUAAACUUGUUUCUCCUGCAUCUCAGUUUUCAGUUUCACCUGAUUCAGUCCAUGCAAAGAAAGAACAGGAGCCCAAAGCCUCACUUAGUGUAAAAGUUGAAGAGGAGCAGAUGACCUUGCCAAAAGUCAGAGAAGAAGAAACUGUUUCCAAUUCUCAAGCAGCUAUAGCAGGUGGAUCGCAGGAUCAAAAACUGGAGCCUCAGUCUUCAAAUAUUCCAGGGUCUGGGAUGCAAUAUUCUUCACUUUUGCCUGACUUGGUAGAUGAGCCAAAGAAGGAUGUCAAACCCAGUUCCGCUCCAACUAUGACUUCUGAACUAGAAGAGAGAAGAUUGUCAAAGAAUGAGCCUGAAGUAGCAAAACCAUCUUCAUCUCCAAAGGAAACAUCUAUUUCUGGACCUGAGAUUUUCUCUGAAGUGAAAACAGAAGUGAAACAUGAUUCCAACAUAUCGAGAGAGCUUCACUCAGCCUCGGCAGGAACAGGAAAGGAACUUGAACACAGUCCACCUGCACCAACCAUUUCAGCUUUGCCAGAAGAAAGAAAGAAAAGAGCUGAACCCAGCCUCUCAACAACCACAGUACCUGCAAAGAAGCUUGAUGUAAGCUUAACCAAGAUAGCAAGAGAAGACAUCCUGACAGAUUCAUCUCUUGCUACUCCUGGAGAACAUGCAGGUUUAUUAGCAAGACUAGGAGAAGAUGAAGUAAGCGGAGGCUUGCCACCAACUGCAGUGAUAGAUGAGCAUUCUGUACGAAAAGAAGAAAAAGUAACUAAAAGUGCUUCUCUCACUGAAACUUCUUUACCCAAAGAUUCAGCUUGGUCAGAAUCAGAGAAAGAAAUUAAAUUAGAUUCCUCUCCAAGUAGAUCUUCUAUAACAGAGCAUUCUGUUUUGUCAAAAGUAGAAAUGGAAGAAAUUAAACCAGUGAUGCCGGUAUCUAAAGUGUCAUCCUCUCAGCAUUCUGAUGUAUCUGAGGAAUCAAGAGUAGGAGAAAAACAAGGUCUUUCAUUUUCUGCAAGCCUCAGCUCUGAACGUUCGGUUUCAUCACAGAAGAACUUGGUGUCUGCCUCAGAGGCAUCAAGGCCAGAACCUUCUCUUUCACUCCACCUCAGUGAAGAAACCAAAUUUCCUUCAGUACAAAACGUGUCACCUGUACCUAAACCUGUAAUUCCAAAAAGCAAAAAUGAGGAGACAAUCAUUUCUUCUCCUAAGUUUGAAAAUUUAGUGUCAGAAGCUUUAGAGCCAGCAUUGCUGACUCUCGGGGAUGGUGAGAACAAACAAGCAGGAGAGGAAUCUUCUCCAGUGCAAGAUUUCCUCUCAGGAAAACAGGGACUUGCUGUGGCAGAGCUUCCUAGAGAGCAUGACAAGCUAGUCCACCUAUCUGAACCGCCAAGUGCUAGGUCCGAAUUGCCUAGUGGUUUAAGUGGGCCAAGUGGGUCCAUAGAUAUAAAAGCAAUACAGUCUCUUGUAACUGAAACUGGGGGUUCUGUUUUAGAAAAGAGUCGAGCUGAGCUUAGUUACAGAGGAGAAGGAAAUGAAGAAAACAGGGAACGUCUUGAGUCUGGUACAAAACCAUCAAUGAUUGUUUCCCCUGACAUCCUUGUGGAACAAAAGAAGCCCGAAAGAGCACUUCAUUCAGCUCAAGCUGUUACAUUGCCCGAUGUGAGCAGCUCUCAUGCAGAUCAGCCAGAGCUGGGUGCCAAACAAUUUUUAUUUAUGAAAGAAAAUUUGCCUGUGGAACAAUCAAAAUCAUUUAUUUUACUUGAGCCUGCAGAUGUGAAAGGAGCCACAAUGAAAGAGUCUUUUCCUUUUCCAAAAGAUGAUAACAGGAUGCUGCAAAAGCCAGAUGAUUUGGCUGGUCAACAUGAAGGAGGAAGAAGAGAGUCUGAGCAGCUGGCUUUCUCUGGCAGCGAUGCUCUGAUGACAGAGCAGCUCCAGGCUGCUGCAUCCGAUGAGGAUCAGACACGAGAAAUCAAAACGCAGGCUCUGCCACAUUCUGCUGAAUUACAAGAACCAGUGUCUGCUCUCAAUACCUCUAUCAAUGAUGGUUUUGUUUUAUCAACUCAAACUUACUUUUCUGAAGAAGUGAAGUUGGCUCAAGGACCAAGUAGAGAAAGAAACGUAGCAGAGGAGAGACAGAUCCAUUCUAUGAUGGGGAAGGAAAGCUUGAUAUUGGAGAAAGUAAACGGUGAAUUUUCCAAGCCUUCCAAAGCAGAGAACCAGAAAGAAAUCAAACUACUUCCUGAAAACCGCCCCCAGAAAGUGGUGCUUGGCCCAUCAGUGGAAGGGGUAGAGCCAGGCACUGUGAAAGCAGAAGUUGUGGAACCCACAAUGGGCCAAGAAAAUGAAGCCCACAGGAGCACAUCUCCUCUACCUGGAGAGAAGACAUUUGCAGAAUCAAAAAUGGUUCAGUCAAAGGUUGUACAUAAUAGUAAUGAGGUAAGGAAACCAGCUCCUGAAAUACCCACACGAAGGAAGCCCACCCCCUCAAUCCAAGCACCUGAAGAACCUCAAGCCUCCGAGAUACCUGAGGUGACACAAAAACUUCCCGAAAAGCCUAAGGCGGUGGAGCAAAGUCUUCCUGAGGAAAAGGGAAAGAAAGGAAUUUCAUCUUUCAAAUCAUGGAUGUCCAGUUUAUUUUUUGGAUCAAGCACUUCAGAAGACAAAGUUGCUGAAAAAGAUUUAGAAACACAGCCAAGUCCCUCUGUAGAAAAAGCAGUGACCAUGGUAGAGCCUGAAGGUACAAUUCCUCCUGAUGCUGGUGUAAGUCGGAAAACAGCUGAUCUUUCAGUACCAGAGGUAAAACUUAAAAUGGCUGAAGAAUGCAGAGUUAAAUCUACAGAAGGUCAAGACCUUAAAGAAAACUCCACAUCUUUAUCAAACACAGAAGCUUUAGAACAGCCCAAAUCCAACUUUGAGGUCUAUAGUGAAGAUUAUGAGAAGAAAGAAAUCUCAGACUAUUCAGAGAAAAUGGGCAUAAAGUUAGCUACAACUGAGGAGAAUCUCGGAAUUCAACCUUAUGCCCCUAUGGGUGAGAAAUCAGUAAUGGAAGAAGCCAAAAAUGUGAUUCCUUUCCCUGUUCCUGAGAGUAAAAGCCACCAGAAGCCAGCAAGCGUUCCUUCAUCUCCAUGGAAUGUUGCUGGUCUUAAGGAAGAGCCAAGCCUUGAUCAAAAAGAAAAAUCACAUAUUUCCUUUGAUGUAGUAGAUAAGAUGCCACAACAGCCCAAAGAAGUUUCAUCUGACAUCACAAAUAAAUAUACAAAGAAGCAAUCAGAGAAGCCUGCAGAGCAAAUAAUUUUGUCAGUACAAGAAUCAAAAGACAGCUUAGCUAAUCUUGGCGAGGACAGGUUCAAGAAGGAAAUGUCCAAAUCUACUUUGAAACAUUCUGAAGAGAAGAAAGAUAGCCUGGAAACAACACCAUUUGUCUUGACAGAAAAGAAGGAUAUGGUAGAAAACCCCGAAGUGAUGGUUUCUUUCAAGUAUAGAGAAAAUCAAGGAAUAGGGGAGUCACAAAUGAUACCUGACUUUAGACCUACUAAACUAGGAGAAUCAAGAGUUGCUGUGAGCCUGGAGCACAUCUAUUCAAAAGAACACAAGGAAAGGUCUGACAUUAUUGUAGCUUCUGAGGAGGAAAGAGAAGGAAAAGACAGGCAGGCACAGAUAUUUUCAGAAGAAAGGAAGCAGGAAAGCCAACCGUACUCUCUGACUAUAGCCCGGUCUGUGCCUGAAACCCCCCCUGUCUCUUUAGGUCAUUCUUUGGAUGAAACUCAACCACUUUCAUCCAUUAAAACACCACCAAUUACUGAAAAACCAGAAGGCAUGCUCUCAGAGGCUCACCCAGAAAUCAGGGAAAGAAUGACAGUUGAAACUCAACCAUAUCCAUUAGAAGAAAGUAAAGUUUUGGUGGAGAAAACCAAGGUAUUCCGCCCGGUGGUUCCACAUCACGAUGAAAUAGAUAACCAUUCGUUACCUCAGGAAGGAAAUCUGGUAUUAGAAAAGUCAAGCAAAGGAAAAGUCAUGUCAAGUCUCAAAGAGGAAACGUUUAUUGUAUCAGAACUAUCCAAUGAUGGCUCAGUAGCUAUCACAAAUGAAAGCAUUAAGGGAGGACCUCCGUCUCCAGACUCUGAAAUGACAUUAGAUCUUCCUUCUAAUGAAGCAAAGAAAUUAGAAACACCGCCAUAUUUGCUGUCACUGGGGAAGCCACAACCUCUUGUUUCAGGAACUUCUCCAGAAAUUAGUACAAUGAAGAAACAGGAAGUUCCAUGGUCAGAAUUAACUCCAGAUAGGCCUACUGUCCAUACCAUGCAAACAUUUAAAGACCACCCAUCUGAGAUACCUAAACAAUCCAUUCUUGUUUCAAGGCGCCAUUUUGAGACAAGAGGAGAUGCCCACAUAAACGAACCACAUUCUUCAGCAACAAGCAAUUAUGCUCAAUUUAUAAUGAAUACAUCAGCAAUCAUUGCUGAUGAAAUGACUUCUACCAAGGAAAUGUCCAAGGAGCCUGAAGGCACAAAUGCAAAAGAGGAAGAAUUUACAGCAACUAGUAAGCCAGUGGGACUUUCAAAAGAUCAGAAGAGUGCCUUCAGUAUCAUUUCUGAAGGAUGUGAGAUAUUGAAUAUUCAUGCUCCUGCCUUUAUUCCUUCAGUGGAUCAGGAAGAAAGUGAACAAAUGCAAGCUGAGUUAGAAUGUUUGCAAGAGAAAGCCCCAUUUAAAACAACAUUCCUCCAUGAGGAAAGUGAAGAAGUUGUUUCCCAUGGAACCCUAAAGAACAACUUAAAUGAUUCUGAUAGAAAAGGAAGGAAGGAAAGUGAACAAAAGGCAACUCAUAAAACAAAAGAGGAGAGAGCCACCAAUCCAGAGACAGGUGAUUUAAUUUUUACUCAGCAGAUAAUUCCCAGUGAAGAAGAUUAUUUUGAAAAAUACACUUUGAUCGAUUAUAACAUCUCCCCAGAUCCAGAAAAGCAGAAAGCUCCGUGGAAAUUAACGAUUGAAGAGGAACUCUCAAAGAGAGCCAGAAAAGAAACUUCCCCAGAAAGUUCACAGCAGAGUGCCCCGGAACACAAAUAUGACUUGGUGAAAUUAGAUGAAAGCUUUCAUGGAUUAGAAAAGGACCACAAAAAAUUACCUCACCCAGAGCCACAAAAAUCUUUGGUUAUCGGAGAAUCAGCGGAUGUAACCUCUUCAAAGGGCACAAACAGAGAUGUGGACUCUAGGUCACCUGGAAUGCCUUUAUUUGAUGCAGAAGAAGGAGUUUUGUCAAGAGCUCAGAUAUUUCCUACCACUGUCAAAGCUGUGAAUCCUGAGCUUCUGGGAGAGCCACCUGCACUUGCAUUUUUAUAUAAGGAUCUGUAUGAAGAGGCAAUUGGGCAGAAGAAGGGAGAAGGCAAGACAGCUAAUGAAGGUGACAGUGUGAAUUCGGAGACAUCACUUCCGAGCAGACAUUCUGACAUUGACGAUGGCAGAGGAAUGUAUUUUGAGAAGUAUACACUCAGGGAUGACAUUCUUCUUGACACAUCUGUAACUCAAAAGGACCAAGGCCAAGGUCUAGAAGCAAAACCAGUUGUUAAGGAUGAUUCAUACCAACUGAUAGCUGCAGAAGAAGACAUUUGGGGGAAGCCUGGAGUUAUUUGGAAGAAGAGUCUGGAAGAAGAACCAAGGGCUAUUUAUAGAGAAAAAGAACUGGUUGGCCACAUGGAGAUGCGUGGUGAAGUGGCAACACAGAGGAAAGUAGCCAUAGCUGAGGAAGUCAGAGUGGUUACUCAAAAAAUGAGCUAUGCAGUUCCAUUUGAAGACACCUGUCAAGUUUCAGAGGGUGCAGAAGAACCAAGCACUCAGGGCAAUGAGGUAGGAAAUGCGAGUCCAGAGGUCAAUUUGAAUGUCCCAGUACAAGUGUCUUUCCCAGAGGAAGAAGAAUUUGCAUCUGGUGCUACCUAUAUUCAAGAAACACCACCAGAAGGAUCUAGAAGACUGGUCCCAGCUGAGCCAAGUGAAGAGAGACUCCGCAAUAGCCCUGUACAGGAUGAAUAUGAAUUUGUUGAGUCCAUGAAUUAUGAAGUGGUCAGUCAAAACAUUUUAUCAGGAGAACUACAUUCAGAAUCCACAUCUAAAAAUGUGUUAUCUCAAGAAAAGGAAUCCUUUGAACCCCUCAAGAAACAUGAAUUUGCAAGAGAGGCAGAACAAAGUAUGUCUGCUGAACAGAAAGAGUUGGGUAGAGAGAGGACAGAAGAAGAUCAAUUAGUGUCAGCGUUAGUGACUGAGAAGGCACAAAAAGAACCAAAAAGGUCCCAGGUUGAGGCCUAUUGCUAUACCUGUAAAAGCCUCAUUUCUGCAAUGGACAAGGCAUUUGACACCCACAAAGACCACGAGGUUUCAACGCUUGACACAGCCAUAAGUGCUGUGAAGGUACAAUUAGCAGAAUUUCUUGAAAAUUUACAAGAAAAGUCCUUGAGGAUUGAAGCCUUUGUUAGUGAGAUAGAAUCCUUUUUUAAUACCAUUGAGGAAAACUGUAGCAAAAAGGAAAAAAGACUGGAAGAACAGAAUGAGGAAAUGAUGAAGAAAGUUUUGGCACAAUACGACGAGAAAGCCCAGAGCUUUGAGGAAGUGAAGAAGAAGAAGAUGGAGUUCCUGCAUGAUCAGAUGGUCCACUUUCUGCAGAGCAUGGACACCGCCAAGGACACGCUGGAGACGAUUGUGAGAGAGGCGGAAGAGCUUGACGAGACUGUCUUCCUGACUUCAUUUGAGGAAAUCAAUGAAAGGUUGCUUUCUGCGAUGGACAGAACGGCUUCUUUGGAGAACAUGCCUGCUGCCUUUUCCCUUUUUGAACAUUAUGAUGACAGCUCAGCGAGAAGUGACCAGAUGUUGAAACAAGUGGCUGUUCCCCAGCCUCCCAGACUAGAACCUCAGGAAUUGAAUUCUGCCACCAGCACCACAAUUGCAGUUUAUUGGAGCAUGAACAAGGAAGAUGUUGUUGACUCAUUCCAGGUUUACUGCAUGGAGGAGCUACAAGAUGACCAAGAAUUCAAUGAAUUGGUAGAAGAAUACAGAUUGACAGUGAAAGAAAGCUACUGCAUUUUUGAAGAUUUGGAACCUGACCGAUGCUAUCAAGUCUGGGUAAUGGCUGUGAACUUCACUGGAUGUAGCCUGCCUAGUGAAAGGGCAAUUUUUAGAACAGCGCCUUCCACCCCUGUAAUUCACGCUGAGGACUGCACUGUGUGUUGGAACACAGCCACCAUCCGAUGGCGGCCUGCUAACCCAGAUGCCACAGAGACUUACACUCUAGAGUACUGUAGACAGCACUCUCCAGAGGGUGAGGGUCUCAGAUCUUUCUCUGGAAUUAAAGGACUCCAGCUGAAAGUUAACCUCCAACCUAAUGACAAUUACUUCUUCUAUGUGAGAGCCAUCAAUGCAUUCGGGACAAGUGAACAGAGCGAAGCUGCCCUUAUCUCCACUAGAGGAACCAGAUUUCUUUUGUUGAGAGAAACAGCUCAUCCUGCUCUACAGAUUUCUUCUAAUGGGACAGUGAUCAGCUUCACUGAGAGGAGACGGCUGACAGAAAUCCCCUCAGUGCUGGGUGAGGAGCUACCAGCAUGUGGCCAGCAUUACUGGGAAACUACAGUCACAGACUGCCCAGCUUAUCGACUUGGCAUCUGCUCCAGCUCAGCCGUGCAGGCUGGGGCCCUGGGACAAGGGGAGACCUCGUGGUACAUGCACUGCUCUGAACCACAGAGAUAUACAUUUUUCUACAGUGGCAUUUUGAGUGACGUCCAAGUGACUGAGCAUGCAGCCAGAGUGGGCAUUCUCCUGGACUACAACAACCAGAGACUUGUAUUUAUAAAUGCGGAGAGCGGGCAGAUGCUCUUCAUCGUGAGGCACAGGUUUAAUGAGGGUGUUCACCCUGCCUUUGCUCUGGAGAAACCUGGAAAAUGCACUUUGCACUUGGGAAGAGAGCCCCCCGAUUCUGUACGGCAUAAGUGAUCUUUGGCUUUCAGAGUUUGUAAGAACAAGGAUUUGAAUUU